AUGCCCGCCAUCGCUGAUCACAAGGUCGUCGUCAUCACAGGCGCCAACAAGGGCCUUGGCUACCAAGCUGUGAAGACACUCCUCGGCUCUGACAAAAAAUACCACAUCUUCUUGGGGAGUCGCGACUUCGCCAAGGGACAGGAGGCCGCAGACACGGCGCGAAAGGAGGUUUCUUCCCUCAGCACCGUCGAGCCCCUGCAGCUCGAUGUCGAGAGCGAUGAGUCCAUCCAGAAGGCAUAUGAAACUGUCGAGAGCAAGUGCGAUAGAGUCGAUGUGCUCAUCAACAAUGCUGGCAAGUCACAUCUCCUCCAUGUCAUUACGCGUUGA